AUGAAGCGGGGAGGCGGUGGUCCCACGGCGGCCCCAGAGGCCGAGCUGGGCGACGUGCCCCUGGUACUGCCGCGGCCCAGGGCCUGUCCCGCUGACGUGCGGCUCUGCGGCCACCUUCGGAAGCAGAAGUCCCAGCGCCGCCGCUUCUUCGUGCUGCGCGCGGAUCCGCCGAGCCUAGAGUGCUACGAGAGCGAGAAGAAGUUCCGCGCCGGCCGAGCGCCGCCCAAGCUCAUCGUGAGCCUGGCGGGCGCGUGCACCAUCAGCACGCGCGUGGACGCGCGCCAGCGCCACCUGAUCCUCCUGUACACGCGUGACCGCAGCCUGGGCGUGGCGGCGGCCUGCGAGGCGGAGCAGCAGGCGUGGUACAGCGCCCUGCUUGAGGUGCGCGCGGCCGCGGGUGAGGCCCGACCCCUUGGUCCCAGCUUUCACGAGGACCCCAGGGCCUGGAUCCUUGCUCCAUUUCAGGACGUCUGGCCCGUGACGCUGCGGCCCAAGGGACUGGGGAGGACACGAGGCCUGGGCAGCGGCCGCUAUCGCCUGUGCCUGGGUUCGGGGGUGCUGAGCCUGCUGCGGAAGCCCAAGGGCAGAGGCUCUCGGGACACCCAGGCUUCGCCGCCGCCGGCCCUGCGCCUGUCGCUGCUCAGCGUGCGCCGCUGCGGCCACGCAGACUCCCUCUUCUUCCUGGAACUCGGCCGCUCGGCGCCCACGGGCCCCGGGGAGCUGUGGCUACAGGCGCCGGAUGCCGUGGUGGCCCAAAGCAUUCACGAGACCGUACUGGCCGCCAUGAAGCGACUCGGGGAUGAUGAUGCCGGUGGCAGGACUGAGCCACUGCCAAGGGAUCCCCCGACGAGCUCUUACAGACCCUCUGUCUCCCAACCUUAUGCGACCCUGGCCUUGGCAGCCCAAUCAAGCAGCCUGAGCCAUCGCGGGAGCGUGGGUGAGAGGAAGGAGAAAGCAACCCCUGAGACCCUGGCGGCGCUGGCGACUGCAGCUUCGCACCCUGGGGAAUUGGAGCGGGGCGGGGGCUACGUAGCCAUGGGAGCUGGGAGCAACUACGAGGCCAUGGGGGGUGGCCAAGCAGGUGGUUACAUGGUGAUGGCACCCCCGGGCCUUGCCGCGUUUGCCCAUGCCCCUCCCCACGAGCAGCCCCAGGGGUGCGGGGGCACUGAAUACGUGCCCAUGAGCCACUUUCUGCCAGGGUCCUUUUCCUUGAGCUCCCUGCCCCGUUCCUAUACGCCCAGGCCCAGGAGGCCGGGACCUUCUUUCCAAGGCCCCCCUCCCGCCGUCGGGGAAUGUUGGGGACCGACAGGGGCUCAUCCCUGCUUGCAACCACCUUCGGAGCUAGCAGGAGAGUAUGUGUGCAUCAGGUACGUGGCCCCACACCACUUAGGAAUGAGCACUGCCAUACAAGACCUGGCCAAAAACCGCCUCAACUAUGUAGACCUGGACCUGGUCCCUCCAUUGGAGGCUCAAGGCGACACCCCGGGGUCCAGCAUUCACCACCCACACAGCUAUGCCCGCAUCGACUUCCAGAACCUCAGGGAGGUUCGGAUGUGGUGCCUGGGGAAUCUUCAGGAAAAGGUUCCCCAAGAAGCUGGAUUCUUUUAA